AUGACAACGUUGCUGGGCCCUUCACCGACGUGGCGCUCGGAUCCUGCCAUUUUGACCGACAUUAUUGAACUGCUCAAACAAGCAGAUUCCCCAGACACGCAAGUCCAGCGGAAGUUAGCAGAAGCGGUGGGGAGACUCGAAUUGCUUGUUGAUGCGCCUUGCUAUUUCUGCUCCAUUCUUGUGGAUGAGGUGAAAGAGGCCGAGGAAGUUCGGCAACGCGCGGGGUUGUUGCUGAAGGGAAGAGUGGGAGAGCUUGUUGGGAAGGUCUCAGCUCAGCGUGUUGGCCUUGAUGGAACAACAAACCAGAAAAUUACAUCAGAUGAGCUCGCUGUGAUGGAUUAUGUCAAAACAAACGCGAUUCGAGCUCUUGUUGAUGAAAGUCGAUUAAUCCGUGAAACUGCUGGGAUUGUCCUGGCGUCUAUUGUGGGAUCCCAAGGGGUUCAACAAUUCCCCCAAGUGUUGUCAUCAUUAUUCCAACUGCUGAAUCACUCGAAUGUCGAAAUUGUAAGUGGAGCAUUCAGUGCGUUGAACAAAAUCAUAGAGGAUGAGCUUGAUCGAGACGAAAUCUAUACAGAUCGAGCGAACAACAUUUUCGCGGAGUUUUGUAUUAAAACCCUGAUCCCCGCACUCUUAGAAUUCACUCGACCCGAAAGUUCAUUUCAGCAAAAACGCGAUGCUUUGACGGCUUUGAAUCUCUUCGGACGAAAUAACCUCUUUUCGGAAAAUGAGAUCUUCAGUCAGUUUUUUCCUUCCUAUUGGGAAUGCCUUGGUGUUCUGGCUCUGGAUCAAUCAUCAGGAAUUCGUUUAGCUGUUCUUCAAGGGAUGAAGCAAGUGACAACUCUGUCUCCAGAACUUGUGAUUCGUAGCCUCGCCAGCAUCAUUCCAUUCUUGCUUGAGUGCUUAUGUUUCAAUCAACCGUAUGAGAUUCGAUUUGAGGCUCUAGAAUUGCUUUUCAACGUGCUCGGUCAUCAAUCUUCAUUUGCUUUGAUAGAAAGCGCGCUUCCGAGAUUGUUGCCUUUACUUGUCGAUAAUGCAAAAUAUUCACAAUGGGAUUACAUGCAUAUGGAUCGCUCUCAAUUCGAAGAUGACAAUGCCGGCAUUGCUGACGAGGAACAUGAUCUUGAGCCUCGAUUCCACAAAAGCAGGAACGAUGACGCUGACACUGAAGACGGAGAAGAUGAUGAAGGGGCAGGCAACGAAAUGAUGAGCACGUGGGGCGAAACGUGGACAUCGAGGAAGUGGAGUGCUCGAAUUCUUGACAGUCUAUCUUGCAUCUAUGGGGGGAUGAUGCUACCGUUUCUUUUGCCACAGAUAGAGGCUCGGUUACAGCAGCAGGAUUGGGAAGUGAAAGAAUCCGCUGUUUUGGUACUUGGGGCAGUUUCGAGAGGUUGCUUGGCGGGGCUUGAAGAGUACUUGCCGAAGAUUUUGGAAAUGCUUGUUGGAUUAUGUGAUCACGCCAAAAUUUUAAGGCACUUCCUAGACGCAAACAAGAAGGUUCAACAAGCAGCAUGUUCAGCAUUUGCGACGUUGGAAGAAGAAGCAGGGCCGCAGUUGGUGGAGUAUCUCCCUAAUAUUGCAGAAACAUUCAAUGCCGCAUUGAGAACUUACCAGACUAAGAAUUUGAUGGUCCUCUUUGAUGCAAUUGGAACUUUGGCUGAAUCGAUGGGAUCCAAAAUCGAUGCUCCUGUAUUUCAUGAGAAAGUCACAGAUCCAUUAAUCCAGUUUUGGCUGAAUGCUUCAAUGGAAAAGAACAACCCUGUGAUCAUUACAGCUUUUGAGUGUCUUUCAUGUGUCGUGAUGGCGAUCCCAGCAGGGCUGACACGCUAUGGAGCUGCGAUUGUCCAGCGAUGUCUUGAAGUUGCGCGGGAUGUGCUUCUUCGACUUGACGCGUACACCAAGAACACAACAGAACGUCCCGAUCGAUCUUUAAUAGAAUGCAGUUUCGAUCUUCUAUCGGCUGUCAUGGACGCUAUAAAGUCCAAGAUCGAACCCUUAAUCGCAUCGACCGACCUUCUCGAACUUCUUGAAAAAACGUCUGCUUUGCCAGCAUCGAUCGUUAGCUCAACGGUGAAACAAAGCGCUUUCGCUUUGAUUGGAGAUCUGUCUGAGCAUUGUCCCAAUUUUAUGAGGCCGCGCGUUCCACUCUUGGUUCCUCAUCUGCUUCUCCAUGUUGCUGAUGGCCCACACAAUGUUUGCAACAAUGCCUCAUGGGCAAUCGGCCAAAUCGCUCUUCACAUCGCAACAAAUCAUGAGUUAGAUCCGUUUGCUUCAGACAUCACAGCUCAACUAAUUCGAGUUCUGCAAGCCCCAUACUCUCCUGUCAACAUUGUCCGGAAUGCUGGAAUCACGAUUGGCCGACUCGCAUGUGCAAGUCCGAUCCACGUCUCACAAGCGAUUGUUCCCGUUUUCGGACAAUGGUGUCGAGUGUUAGAAGGUUCACCCAAUGACGGUGAAAAAAUUUGCGCAUUCAAGGGUGAGAUUCAAAUCGAGGCGUGA